AUGGGAACAACUGCAAAUGCAAAUGGUGAUAGUGCAACUAUGAUUGAUCAUCAUCAUCCUUUGUUUCUACAAGCAUGUGACACUCCAGGUAAUUCUCUUGUUGCUAUUCAAUUAACUAGUUCUGAGAAUUAUGCUUCAUGGUAUAGAUAUAUGAAAAUAGGACUGCUGGGAAAAGGGAAAUUAGGGUUCAUUGAUGGAAAAUGUGCCUAUUUCUCUAGAAUGAAGGAGUUAUGGGAAGAAUUUGACUCUACAAUGCCUUGUCUUGGUUUUCCUUGUCCUGAGUCUAAGACAUAUGCUGAGCAUUUUGAAUAUCAGAGAUUAAUGCAGUUUUUUAUGGGCCUGAAUGACUCAUUUAAUCAGUAUAGGAGUCGAAUUAUGAUGAUGUAUCCUAUACCCAGUGUUAACAAAGCCUACUCUCUAAUCAUUGCUGAAGAGUGCCAGAGAAUUCUAGGAAAGUCUAACUAUGUUGACAAUGGAGGAGCACAUGAUGGAAUAACAUUCUUUGGAAGUAAAGGCAACAUAAACUUUCCUAGAUCUAAUAGCAAGCAAAGUAUUAUACCAUCUGAUUCCUUUGGAGGUAAAUGA